CCGUAAAAAGUCGCGAUCUUGCGGUGCGCGUAAGCGGCUACCCACCGCUCAUUCCUCAUUGCAGGGCCUCCAACACUUUCUAUCUGACCAGCGACCUCCCAAGCGACUCGAAACCAAGCCCCUUGCAAGCACCAUGUUGAGUCGCAUGAUCAAGACCAACGCCCGCUACAUCGCGGGUGCCGGCGCCGUGACGCUGGGUCUUGCAGCAUCCUCACAGUCGCCAUCGAAGACUGCGGAGAACUCCAACUCGACGUCCGAGGUCUUGCUGGACAUCUCGAGUCGUCUGAGAAACAUCGAGCGCGACCUGGGCAUCUCUGGCGGCGGUUCCACUGUCUCCAGGGCCAAGUACAACAACUACCCUGUGCUCACUCCGAAGCACAAGAGUCUCAUGGCCAAGCACCUGACGCCCGAGAUCUACGACAAGCUCAAGGACCGCAAGACAGCCAGUGGCUACACCAUCGACCAGGCCAUUCAAACAGGCAUCGACACGCCCCACCUCGGCGUAGGUGUCGUAGCUGGCGACGAGGAGUCGUACCAGACCUUCAAGGAGCUCAUGGACCCCGUCAUUGAAGGCUGGCACGGCUACAAGCCAACCGACACCCACAAGACGGACAUCGACCCCUCCAAGAUCCGCAACGGCAAGCUCCCGGACAGCUACGUCAUCUCGACGCGUAUCCGUGCUGGUCGCAGUGUCCGUGGCUUGGCCUUGCCGCCUGGAACGUCGCGUGGUGAACGCCGUGAGGUUGAGCGCGUGCUGUCCAAGGCUCUUAGCAACCUCACGAAGGACCUGGCGGGCAAAUAUUACCCACUGAGCAAGAUGACCAAGGACGAGGAGCAGCAGCUCAUUGACGACCACUUCUUGUUCCAGAAGCCCGGCGGUGGCACUCUACUGACCAACGCUGGUGCUGCUCGUGACUGGCCUGAUGGACGUGGCAUCUUCCACAAUAACAACAAGACGUUCUUGGUCUGGGUGAACGAGGAAGACCACAUGCGCGUGAUCGCUAUGCAGAACGGCGGUAACAUCCAGGAAGUGUUCGACCGCUUCAGCCGCGGUGUCUCGGACGUCGAGAAGGUCGUCAAGGGCGAAGGUCGCGAGUACAUGUACGACAACCACCUGGGCUUCGUGUGCACGUGUCCGUCCAACCUGGGCACAGGACUGCGAGCUAGCGUCAUGAUCAAGUUCCCUCAGCUCUCGAAGGAAUCGGAACGCUUCUACGACUUGUGUUCUGCGUUGGGUCUGCAGGCUCGUGGCUCGAAGGGCGAACACUCGCCUCCUGGCCCUGGCGGCGUCUACGAUGUCUCCAACAAGGCUCGUAUCGGCUUCUCGGAGGUGGAGCUGGUGCAGACCAUGAUCGAUGGUAUCUGGAAGCUCAUUGAGCUGGAAGAGGAUCUGAAGAAGGGCCGCUCGAUCGACAAGAAGGUAGCGGCUAUCCUGAAGUAAAACGCAAACGUCCAAGGCGUGGCUUGGCCUUGUGAAUGUUCGAAGGGUGGCGUGGUGAGUCAGAUGAAGCCUCAGUGCACCAGUCAGCGAGGAAAACCUACGCACAGUCGAGAGACACCAACAUCAGCCGAAAAGGAAACAAAUAAAAAGUGUGCUAGUCUCUUCAUCACAACCGUCUUGCAUUGCCAGCACACGCUCUCUACCAUCCUUGCAGCCAGCAACACAAAUCAAACCUGCACAAUGCCUG